AUGGCCACGGCCGACUUCAUCAUGCCUCGGCUCCCCGAUGCCUCGAGCCACAACCACUUUGGCCCUCCGACGCAGCCCAUCCGCGCCGUUCAUGUCCCCUACCAAUCCAGAUAUAACCCCCAGAUCUCGCCCCCGAGCAAUAUGAAGAGGCACUCGCCCACAUCUCCCAAGGGCGGCUACCAGCCGUCGCGUCGCCCUCUCUUCGUCCCUGCCGUCCUGCGCCCCAACGAGUUCCCCUCAAAGGAGCCUCCGACACGCAACGACGACGAGUGCGCUAUCGCGGCCGACACCCCUGUUUCCUCUACCAGCAGCUUCAUGAACCUGGCGGGCCUCGGCGCCAUCGGCCGCCUUAGUCGUCGGUCCACUAGCGACAGCGGCCGCAGCGGCACCCUGGAGCCCGAGUUGAACGCUAGCCUCUUCCCCAUCGUGUCUGCGCCACCGACGCGCAAGCAUUGGAAGGCCGACGAGCGUUCCACCAUGUGUGACGAUCCAUCGUGCACCAAGCAGUUCGGCUACUUCACGCGCCGCCACCACUGCCGGCGCUGCGGAAACAUCUUUUGCGACCCGCACUCAUCGCACCAGGUUCCCCUCGACGAGGAUGCGCACUUCAACCCGCGCGGCGCCAUGAGCCGCUCGUGCAUCUACUGCUUUGGCGAGUUCCGCGUCUGGCACUCCCGCACCAGCAGCCAGGCCUCCAGCGAGACAUCGUCCACGACGACGCGCCCCGCCACGCGCGCCUCGGCUGCGUCCUUCGGUGCCACCACCUCCAAUGCCAGCACCAGGGCCACCACGGCACCCAGCAGCCCCACAAAGGCCACCUCGACGGGCGUUUCGCACGGUGAGCAGGGCAAUGCUGCCGCCAUCUGCGCCGCACUUAAGCCGACGCCGCAGCAUGCCGAGGUCGCCCUGAGCGUCCCGAGAGACUGGAACUGGAGCACGUUCUAG